AUGUCCUUCCUCAAUAGAAAUAACCUCUUCGGCGGAGGCCAUCAGCCUCAACAACCUCCACGAGAUCCCUACGGCUCCCCAAACCGGGGGAGCCGUCCUACCCAGAGCGGAGGCGGCGGUUACGAUACUCCCAUGAAUGGAGGCUAUGAUACUCCUCCUUCCAGGCAGUCUCAAGGAUACGGCAGUCCUGCCCUUCCGGCAAGAAACAUGCCGCCGCGGCCGACCGGUCACCAGAACAGUCCCAGUAGGGGAGGAGGUCGUUCGGGCGGUGGACACAUGAUGACUUUACAACCUGCAAAGAGCCCGGACAACUCAUAUACCUUCCGCAACCUGGUCGCCGUGUCGACGCAGGACCUCCCCCCUUCGCGCGAUGGCACCGACAUCUUUCUCCUCAUCAAUGGUACGUAUGUGGUCACAGCACGACCUUUGGAUUCGUUUCCGCGAGGAUAUAUUGGUUUGUCCGAACCACAGCGAUCGUGGAUGGGUGUGGCCUUGACGGAUCAGGUUCAGGCCGAAGUCUAUGACCCGUUCAGCCAGGGCAGUCAGGCGUACAUUGGCGCUAUGGACGUAGAGAUUGGGUUCGCCAGUACAAGGAAGGUCACCGAUACACCAUACGACCAGGAUGAUCUUGCAAGAGAAAUAACAAAGUUGUUCAACAGCCAAAUGUUUUCACCAGGCCAAAGAUUCCUGAUGGAUCUGAAGAGUAUCCCUCUAAAUCUCCAGGUCAAGACGGUGCAACUAGCGGAUUUGAGUGAAAAGUCGGCUCCGACGACCUCUGAUCCACGCGCGAGAGGCAUCUUGACACCACAGACACAGAUCAACUUCUUCAAGGACGGCAAGACGCCCAUCAACCUCAAAGCAUCAUCGAGGAGGCCGGCGGCAAACUCCAUCAUUGCUCCCGACUUCAAAUUUGAGGACAUGGGCAUUGGUGGUCUUGAUUCUGAGUUUGUCACUAUCUUCCGAAGAGCCUUUGCCUCCCGUGUCUUUCCACCUGGACUGGUCGAAAAGCUGGGCAUCCAGCACGUCAAGGGUAUUUUGCUGUAUGGGCCCCCUGGAACAGGAAAGACUUUGAUCGCAAGACAAAUCGGAAAGAUGUUGAAUGCCCGAGAACCCAAAGUUAUCAAUGGUCCGGAAGUCCUCAACAAAUACGUUGGCCAGUCGGAAGAGAAUAUCCGAAAGUUGUUCGCCGACGCCGAGAAGGAGUACAAGGAAAAGGGCGACGAGUCGGGUCUCCAUAUCAUCAUUUUUGACGAACUUGACGCUGUUUGCAAACAGAGAGGUAGCGGUGCUGGAGGCGGUACAGGCGUGGGAGACAGUGUUGUCAAUCAAUUGCUUUCGAAACUCGACGGUGUCGACCAGUUGAACAAUAUCUUGUUGAUUGGUAUGACAAACCGAAAGGAUAUGAUUGACGAUGCCCUGCUCCGUCCCGGUCGUCUCGAACUCCACAUGGAAAUAUCUCUUCCCGACGAACACGGAAGAGCACAGAUCCUGAAGAUCCAUACCCAGAAAAUGCGGGACAAUAAAGUCCUGGACCCGGAUGUCGACCUGCUCGAGCUGGCUCGUAAGACGAAGAACUUCUCCGGCGCCGAGAUUGGCGGUCUAGUCAAAUCGGCCACGUCGUUUGCAUUUAGUCGACAUAUUAAGGUGGGCACCAUGGCUGGAAUCACCGACGACGUGGCCGACAUGAAAGUCAAACGGGCUGAUUUCGAGCAUGCUCUUGAAGAAGUCAAACCCGCUUUUGGCGUGUCAGAAGAAGAGCUGUCGUAUUGCUUGAGAGGAGGAGUCAUUCAUUUCUCGCAAUACAUCAAGGAUGUAUUGGAGGAGGGCAAACUCUUUGUUGAACAAGUACGACAGCCGCAGUCGACGCCUUUGUUCUCGGUGUGUCUACACGGUCCACCAGGCUGUGGAAAGACUGCAUUGGCGGCCAAAAUAGCCAUUGAUUCGGGCUAUCCGUUCAUCAAGCUAAUCAGCACCAAGGACACCCUGGAGAUGAGCGAAAGCCAGAAGAUCUCUUACCUCAGCAAGGUGUUCAUGGAUGCAUACAAGAGUCCCAUGAGCGUGGUGGUGCUGGACGAUAUCGAAGAAUACAUUGAAUGGACGCCGAUAGGUCCCCGGUUCAGCAACCCGAUACUGAAGACGGCUGUGGCCUUGCUACGCAAGGCUCCUCCGCCGGGACGCAGUCUGCUGAUCAUUGUGACGGCGACGCAGCGCAGUGUUUUACAGCAACUGGAUUUCUGGCGUCAUUUCAACUCGGAUAUUCCCAUUGCCAAUGUCCGGACGUAUGAGGAGCUGGAACAUGUGAUGAAGGACUCCAAAGCCUUUGCUCCCGCGGACAUUCCCAAGGCCAUUGCCGAGAUCAAGGACAUCACCCGGACCGAGGAGGUUGGUGUUGGGAUCAAGCAAAUCCUGCAGGCCAUUGAGACGGCCAAAUUGGAUACAGAUCAGGUGUCGAGAUUUGCCGGCACUGUGUCCAGGGCAAUUGCAGAAAGAGGCAAUAUUUACGGUUAG